AUGGUGUUUUACCUGGAUGCCAUUGUUAUUGCUGCUGAUAGUCGAUGUCCAGCAGGAGAUAUAAUAUUUGAUGAUAAUGUAUUAAACAUCUAUCGUUUAUCAGAUAAUAUUUAUGCACUUGGUGCAGGAACAUCAGCUGAUUGUGAUUUUCAAGCACGUUUACUUGAAUCUCAACUUGAAUUAUUUAAAUUAAAUCAAGAUCGACAAGUUCGUGUUGCGACAGCUGUUACAAAAAUCCAACAACAUCUUUUCAGACAUCAAGGUUAUCUCGGUGCUUAUUUAAUUAUUGUUGAUGUAGAUGUAACUGGUUCUCAUAUGGCAACAGUUCAUCCUCAUAGAAGCAUCUCAUUUUUACCUUUUGUUGCUUCAGGUUCUGGUGGAUAUACAUCAUUAUCCGUUAUUGAAGACCGUUAUAAAGCAAACAUAAUAGAAGAUGAAACAAAACAAUUGAUACGUGAUGCACUCUAUGCAUCUACCAUAACAGAUUUAUUUUCUGGAAGUAAAAUUAAUAUACAAGCUGAUUAUACAUUGACUAAAGGAACAGCUGAGGUUUUAUCAAUAAAUGUAAAAAAGAUUGAAUAUGAUGUGGUUAAUGGAAAAGUUAAAGCAACAGAAACUCAUGAAGCUAUGCAACUGGCUUGA